AUGAGUACUACUAUAAGCACUAACCAGUGACCACUUCAUUCUGCGCUUUACAAACGUUUCUAUGUUUCAUAAGAACAAAAUAUGUUUCAUUUUUAUUUUUCCAUUAUUUUGUUUCUUUUUCCGUUUCUUAUUCAAGGAUUCCUACAUAAACCUCAUUCCAUUCACCACAUUUCUCACUCCCCUCUCACUCUUUAUAAAGUUUUUUUCUUUUGAUUCUUCAAUUGAAUAAUUUUAUUUUUAUUUAAAAUAUUUUUUUGUGGUCUCACUAAUGGAGCAGAACAAUGACUCUGAAAUAUCAAGCCUUCUGUGCUUUGAAAACAUCAAAACAUGUCUUGAUGAUUUUGAAAGUGAUGUUGAUGAUGGGUCUAUUACUCCACCAUCUAGGGACCACAAAAACCUUAACUUUAACAAUCAAACUCUGUUUAAUGACAACCUUGUUGGAUCGGAAAACUUGGUUGGUUUUUUUGUACUUAAUGAUGAAAUUGUUUGGUGUUUGGUUAAGAGAGAAAAAGAACAAUUGCCUCGUUAUGAUUAUCUCAAUAGGCUUCGUGAUGCUCAAAUGAACAUCAACUUGAUCUCCAAUUUCAACUUCAACUUGAGUGUUGUUAGGAUGGAGGCUAUUGAAGGUUGGUUUUUUUUUUUUUUUUAA